AUGUUGGGAUAUAGACUAUUAAAUACAGAUCAUCGGGUUCGCCUUCAUUCUCAUGAUGUAAAAUAUGGAACUGGAAGUGGUCAGCAGUCCGUUACUGGUUUGGAUAUUCAAGAAGACGUUAACAGCCACUGGAUAGUAAAGGCAGCUAAUACACAGGCAUGUCCAAGAGGGGAGCCUAUAAAGUGUGGCUCAACAUUAAGAUUGGAGCAUCUUGCUACAAAAAAGAAUCUACAUUCACAUUACUUUUCUAGCCCACUUUCAGGCUCUCAAGAAAUCAGUUGUUAUGGGGAUGAUGAAGGCGAGGGCGAUUCAGGAGAUAACUGGAUUGUUGUUUGUUCAGGGGAUUAUUGGUUAAGGGAUGAUAGUGUAAUGCUUAAGCAUAAAGAUACAGAUCAGUAUCUUGCAGCCUCAGGCAGAACGUUUGGUAGGCCUAUUAAUGGACAAAUGGAAAUUGUAGGAUUAGAAUCAUCAAGUGGUUCUGUUCACUGGCAAGCUGCAGAAGGAAUUUACUUACAUGCACCUGAUUUUGCAGCUAAACAUGUGCAUACAGAGCUGUAGAAUAGGAUUUUUUGUUUAUUUUCAAUGUAUUUUGUUUUUAAUUAUUUAUUAAAAGUUGUUAGGCAAU